AUGACGAAGGCAAAGUUGCCAUCAGGAACGAAAAAAGUAGUGAGUUCAUCUGCUCGCGGAACUGUUGGCAUUGUAUCAGGAGGUGGACAUAUUGACAAAACUAUGCUUAAAGCAGGCCGUGCCUAUCAUAGAUAUAGAGUUAAGAGAAAUAGUUGGCCUAAAACUCGUGGUGUUGAUUUGAUUGCUGCCGGAAAAAGUGGCACAAAUAGGGUCAAAAAUGCUUAA